GAGGAAGGGAAGGGAGUUUCUCCCGUAAGAACUCGGGGGCAGCGCCCGGGAAACCCUCUGCGGAGCUCCCGGCAUGCGGCUUCCGCGUUCAGGCCAAGAACCGCCUUGCCACCCCCGGAGCCGGCGGGGGUGGGGAGAGGGCAGGGCGGGCGCUCCGGACCGGCUCCCGGUGGGAGUGGCUGGCCAACGCGGAGCGUCGAUUGCUGCGGGAAGACGGCUCGGGCGCCCCUGCCUUUCUCGGGCGCAGCUCCGCUCUCCUCCCGCGCAGGUCCGGCGCUGCCAGGAUCGCUGCUUCUCUCGAGCGCCUAAAUCAGCCCGAAAAUCGCAGCCGCAGCAGCUUCCAGCCUGCGGGAGAAACCAGGCUCGGCUCCUUCCGCCCCGGAGCCAGGCGAAAUGGCCUCUGCCAACGACACCCGGCAGAUGCCCAAGGAUGCCGCUGACCAAAACUUCGAUUACAUGUUCAAGCUUUUGAUCAUUGGCAACAGCAGCGUAGGCAAGACUUCGUUUCUCUUCCGAUAUGCCGAUGAUUCCUUUACUCCAGACUUCGUUAGCACCGUCGGCAUCGAUUUCAAGGUGAAGACUGUCUACAGGAAUGAAAAAAGAGUCAAGCUGCAGAUUUGGGACACAGCUGGCCAAGAGCGGUAUCGAACCAUCACAACAGCCUACUACAGGGGAGCAAUGGGUUUUUUACUCAUGUAUGACAUUUCCAACCAGGAGUCUUUCAAUGCUGUACAAGACUGGGCAACUCAGAUCAAGACUUACUCCUGGGAUAAUGCUCAAGUGAUUUUGGUUGGGAACAAGUGUGACCUGGAGGAUAACCGAGUAAUAUCCCCUGAAGAUGGCAAGAGACUUGCUGAUGAACUAGGUUUAGAAUUCUUUGAAGCCAGUGCCAAGGAUAAUAUCAAUGUUAAGCAGGUCUUUGAACGCUUGGUGGACAUAAUCUGUGAGAAGAUGAAUGAGAGCCUGGAUGCGAGCUCUGGCACGAACAGCACCAAUCACAAGAACGCUGCCCUGAAGGAAGCAUCAGCUUCACACUCCAACAGUUGUUCCUGCUAGGCAGGAAUUUGGCCGACCACUGAGACCCGCAGUGCCUCGCUGCUCUACGUAAAUGAGGAGGAAGGUUCAGCAAAUGGCACAUCUCCUUUGACUGCUGAUUGACUCAUCUCUCUGUUUGCCUCUGGCUGCGCCUGUUUGGCCUCUUGACAGCAUGCAUCCGUUUCCUCCCCUCCUUUUCUCUGCAGAAUAAUUGUGCUUUUCUGGCAAAGGAGUAUGAUUUCUUUUGCAUAUAUGCACUUCGGUUUACACUCCCAAUGACAACAUGCCUUUGCAAUCCAGACAAAUUGGGCCUCUCUCUCUCUCUGGCCCUGUGCCCAACUCUGUCUCCACUCUUUUCAAGAUUCUAGUGCCAGUUCUCUGAUUUGACUGAUCUCGCUUAGUGACGAGGGAUUGAACAACUUGUUUCAUAUGAAACCUGGAUCUGCAUAAAGCAUCCUUCCUUCCCACCUUGCCCCCUUUAACUACUCCGUGCAUUUGAUGAAGUCAGCUGCAGUUCACAAAAUUUCAUGCCUUUUAAUAAAAAGUUUUUUUUUUUAAUUGGAAAGGGGCUACGUUAUUCCUUUGGAUUUUCUGCCAAAUUCAGCCUUCUGCAAUUUCCUCUUAUCUAAAAAAAUAAACCCCAUGGCGCUUUGAAGUUGGAUAUUCUCAUUCAGCAAGCCCUUAAGAACUAGAUGUAGGUGAGAGGAAUAGGUGUGGAUAAUUGGGUAACCUCUGGAACGAGCUCCCCGUGGAGAUUCGGACCCUCACCACCCUCCAGGCUUUCCGCAAAGCCCUUAA